AUGUUAAUGGAGACCACUAUAAACAAAAAAGAUGAAACAAUCUUGACUUUGAAAUUUGAUUCCCUUCAUAAUCCUUCACAUCCCAAUGAUGAAAAUCUACACCGAUGCCAUCGCUGCCUCAUAUUACCACCACCAACCACCACAAGCCCUACACUCUCACCGCAGCCUCAAACAUCAAACCACAAUUCCUGCCGCAUAAAGAGCAACCAGACAGAUGAGGAGCAAGAGAGGAAAGGACGACAAAAGAGGACAGAGUGA